CGAGUCUUGCGAUAAAGAUGCCGAUUGUGAAUUGAAAGGUUCAAUCUGUUUACGGCAGACUUGUCAAUGUCAUCCUUUCUAUCAAAUGGUUAAAUCUGAAAAGGGGGGAAGUACUUCAGCGAGAUGUAGUCGAUUGCCUGCAAAAGUCGGGCAGGAAUGCCAGAGCAAAUGUAGAGAACCUCUCUUUUGUAGAGGAGGUCGUUGUCAAUGCGUUCAACGUGGAUCAACAUCAAUUGUAAAUGGAGAAUGUGUAUCUGUCUCUCGUGUGGGUGAUCGAUGUUCUCGGCAUUAUGAUUGUACAUCACCUUUUUCUGCUUGUGUUAAUCACCAAUGUGUUUGUAUUUCGGGUACAAUUCAGCAAGGCAGCAAAUGUGUUGCUACUUCUAAUUGUCCACUUGGUGGGGCACCUGCUGGAAUAUGCACCCGUAAAGCACAACCUAGCCAAAUACUCAACUUUGUUGAGGAGGCUGAUACUUGUUCCCAAGGCUUUUAUUGUGUUACAACUCCAGAAUCACCCGUAGGUCAUUGCUGUCCAGCAGUAUGCCCUCUAGGUUCAUCAGUAGAUAGUUCAUUUAGUUGCAUAUCCGGUGGAAGUUUUGGUAUUCCCGAAGUUUCUACAACCCAAACAACACCUUCAUUUUCAGCAUUUUUUGGCCGUGAUCCUCCCACCAAUCCACCUUCAUUGGCCAACCUAACUCGUAUAUUUUCACAUUUACUUCCCCGUCCGGCAUGUCCAUCGGAAACUCAUUUUUGUCAUUUUCUUGCUGGUGACACAUUUUCCCAAGCAAUUUGUUGUAAAAGACCUUGUAAUUCAAUGGCUCCAGAAUCUUUAUAUUUAAAUGGGGAAUGUGUUACUCGUGGACAAUUGGGAUCUGAAUGUCGGUUUCACGAACAGUGUGGAGCAGCAGAAGGAAUGACUUGUGUUAAAGGUCAAUGUCAGUGUAUUGAUGGAUUUUCCCCAUUGUCUGAUGUAAUUACUCAUCCUACUAAAAAUCCGAGUCAACAAUGUCGUCGAGACUGUGAUAAAAGUAGCAGUAUAAGCCGGGAUACAAAUUGUUUGAGUAAAUCACAACUUGGUGGUCCCUGUUUUGUCCAAGAACAAUGUCCAGACCAGGCUGGAUGCUACAGAGGCCGCUGUCUUUGCCGGUGUGGUUAUAAAAUGGCAAAUAGUAAAUGUAUCCCUCUACCUCCCCCAUCAACUCAAAGACCUCAAACUGUGCCAAGUUGGCAAAAAAUUUUGUUAAAUUUUUUAGUCAUUGAAUUUCAGUUGUUCCAAACAAUCCAGAUCUUCUUGGCAUUUUCAGCAAUUUUUUUACUGGAGGAGUUCAGGGUUAAAGAUACAACAAUACUUAUGUAUAAUUAA